CCUUGUUCUGUCAAUAUGCAUCUCCUGCUGCCAAGCGCUUGCGGGACUGGGAUUGGAUGCACUUGGGUCCCGAGCUGGUAAAGGGCAGGUCCUUUUAAGAUGCCUGGUAGCUGGGAAGAUCGAUCAAAGCACACCCGGCCUGGUACAGCCUCCCGUUUAAUCCAUGUCCACAACCACGAAGGUAGUUGGUCCAGGGGACCAGACAGGGAUCUACUAUAUCCCAAUCUCUAACCUACCCUUUGGCAUCACUUGGCAUCCUGUGAAACAGUGGAUCUCAGCCAUCGUCGAAGUUGACCGAGUCGAAAUCUUCCCAGCUAGCACAUUUGGAUGGAUCCGCGUCAACGGCCGGGCGAACUUCAAUAAGGCAAUGGAGUUUCUUAAUACCGACGGCUUCUUCCGAGGCCGUCGUAUUGUCUCAGGUGCCACGAAUGGGACCAAUCCCAUUACGAUCAAGGAGCAUGUCGAUCCGCUCCGGCCUGAGAGCUACCAAACGUCGCCCUAUCAAACAGCUCCUCCAACCCAGCGUGAAUCAGAUAUACGGGGGGUCUCUCACGGUCAGAAUUACCCGACAGGCUAUGGCCAAGGAAAUGCGACACCGUACGCUGGUCCAUCAGUGGCAGCGCCCUACUACAGCCAACAGCCAUCGAUAGCGACGAAUAAUAGGAUGCUACCGGUCUAUGCGACUGCGAAUUCGGGGAACCCCUUCAACUACGCCUCACAAGCCAGCGGCCCACAGGCCGGAGGAGCCGCCCCGAUGGGCCAAUUCGGGCCUGCCUACCCGGCUCAAUAUCAGGGCGGCCAUCAGGGCGGUUAUCAGAGCGGCCACCAGAACGCAUACCAGAACGCAUACCAGAACGAAGGAGCCCAAUUUACCGCCCCUUACCACGGUCAAACACAGUCCCAGACCUAUAACGACGGCUAUGCAACGUCUGGGGACAACCAGCCUGAAUACAGAGCCACAGAGCAACGGAAGUUGCAUAUCUCGCCAUUCCCGCAACAGGCAGAUAAAAAAAGGGUGGUUAAAUGGAUUGACAGCAGGGUUGGUAAUAUUAAGACACUCACGUUAGAAGUCCCCCAAAACGAGAACAGCCGAUACCUCCGAGGCCAUGCCUUUGUCAUUUUCGCAAAUUCAGAAGAUGCCAAGACGGUGAUGGGCCGGGUGAACAAGUCCAAGUUCGACAAUCAGCGAAUGAAGGCGAAACUGUGCCAAGAGGGCGUCACAAACCUGGAAGUUGAUGAAGAACUGAAGCGAACGGAACCAGUGGUUCCCACGGGCCCCAAAUACAUUGACCGCCAUCGGGGCGAGAAAGGCCACCGUUCUAAGCAAACAGGGUCUGUGAGCUCGGAUAAGACGCGGGCCUCAUCAGCCAAGAAGCCCAUUUCCUCCAGCAAGACGAACGACAAGAAGCCGUCACCCAAGGAUGAGGAACCCGUGUAUACCGGCCCUGUCAUUGCGGACGGGUCAUCGCGCAAGCCAGAGAAGCGGUAGGAAGAAGCCCAUCUUGGCGGCAAUCCCCCCGGCGGGUGCAACGUCUCCCUCUCCGCCUUCGCGUGUUUCCUGUCCGAUGUGGAUUUCGAUGGGGGUAGUUG